UUCGAAUCUUGCCCUCAUCAUCUUUUUCUUUAGCUGCCUCGUCACAUUUCAUCCACAUCCGCUUCUAGUUCAUUCAUUUUUCCAGCAGCAAUCAUCAAUAAGGCGUCCACGAUCUAAGUCCCAACGGAUCGGAACGAUCUGCGAUUAGUAUUGACUACGUGUCGCAGCAUUGAAGCGAAGCAGGUCUUUCGGGGGUAUCAUUCGGUACUCACGAGUGGGGUUGUCGCGCUGUGGGCCAGAACCAGUCCAAUCCACCGCGGUAUGCACGUAGACUACUAAGAGAAUCCGACCCCUAGUACCGUAUAGUAUAUGCGCGUGCACAACGACACACCAAUAGAAUCAGGACCAGCACGAACGUUCUUCACGGAAGAUGGCAUUAGUUCAAUCUCGAAGCAGGCUGAAACGGUGCAGCUUAGCAGCUUAGCGGUAGCUCAUCUCAAUUGCGUUACCAUAACAAGGAUAUCGAUGAUGCAUAGAAUUCAUUGGCCGCGCAUGACUGCAGAAAGCGAGUUAGCCGAUAUAACUUUUUCCCAACCAUCUACAUUACCAGCCCUUAUCGAUCCCAGACACAAUCACUUGCCUGCAGCUGCACCUCAGACCUCUAGGAGCUGUGAUUCCAAUGCCCUGCACCUCGAAAUCGUCGUGGCUGAGGACACACCGGGAGUAUUGCAGCAGACCUACCCCAGAGACGACUAAACGGUGCUACCUCCCAAACUCACAUAUCCUACCUCUCGGCCUCCUCAGUGAACAUACUGUCAAUGAUUAAUGAUUGCACAACUCAACCGACGAAAUCUUCCCGAGAUUCCUCCACUUGGAAUGGGUACAAAGGUUGAGAUAGAUUCAUUGAAGAGUAGGCACACGUAGGAUGAAGUAGGGAGGUGAUGGUCCCAC